GGUCAUUUUCGUAUUCGUAAUCUUUCUACAUUCCCAGCGUCGUGCAGAAUGGCCGAUCCCAAAUUCCAAUACCUGCCGUACAUCGCCCACGAUCAGCCGGAUGUGUACGAAACGGCGGACGUAAACGAGGCGGAAACUUCGGAUUACGAUGAGGAGGAACCGCUAAACGAUGCCAUCGAACGGUUGCACCUUUCGACGAAGGAUUCCAUUGGCAAGUUCAAGGGAAAGUACCUUACGGGCGAUGUGGACUUUUCGGACGGUAUCGGUCGCAAGAAUCGGCUCGGAUACGAUGCGCGAAGCCUCGAUUACGAGCUGGCUGGCGAAGGGGAGCAUGAAACACCGCUGCAACGGUGCCACCGGCUAAAGUGCGAGAUGAACGAGCUGAUGGAGGAAAUCGAAGCAUCGCGGUCGGACACUCGGCGUACGGCGGAAGAGAAGGCUUCGUACGAAACGGUGUUUGGGGUCGUAAGCACCGCGAAGAAAGUGCUCGACAGCUUGAAACUGGAGCAGGUCAUUGGGUCGGAAGCAGUAUCCGGAGGAAGUGAAGCCGAGGCCAACAAGUUGAUUGCACAAAUCGAGGAAUACAAAAAGACGGGAACGGUGACCAGUACCGAUCCGAAGGUGGUUGCCACCGAACUGAAAUACUCGGCUCGCGUGGCCCAACUUGAGCAUCGGCUGCACCAACUAGAGGUGGCGGUCGGUGCCAAACCGGAACGUAUCAGCCGGCUGGCUGGAACAACCGGCACCGGAAAUCUCAUCGAAGCGGUACAGAACAUCUCCGCCAAGGCUGCGCUGUUGCAGCCUUCACAGUUGGACACGAUCGAGACGAGAUUAAACAACUUACUCCAGCAGAUGAACACCAUUCAGGAGAAAUCGAACGCCGCCGGACAGGAUCCUAAUCGGGAACAGAAGAUUCUGGAACUGUACGAAAUUGCGAAAGGGGCAGAACCGAUCGUUCAGAUUCUUCCCGAUAUGCUGCACCGCAUGCAAACCCUGGAAUCGUUGCACAAAUACGCAACCAACUUCAGCAAGUUGUUCGCCGAACUCGAAACGACCCAAGUAUCCAUCCUCAACGGUGUGGCCGUUAAUAAAACGUUGCUCACGGGUGUCCAGGAAGCGUUCGCGCAGAAUCUGGAGAAUGUUAACAAGGAGGUGAAGAAACUGGAGGAUCGUAUGAGCAAACUUCAGGCAACAAUCAAAUAGAAAUGCUUUCCACACUCACUGGGUCAGACAGUGGCCGCUUAAGCUUUGGGUCCCCGAUGCAUGCCGCUUAUAGUGUAGUUCAUCCUCGGGAGAAGUUAUAUUUAUUCAAAAGAAAAUUCUUAAUUUCUAAUCGCAAUGAGUAACCAUAAGAUAUUCGGAUUAAAUUGCUACCCGUAACCUACCGCUUUGAUCGUGUUUACUUUUGAUUCGUCAGCUAAUGAUUACACCA